AAAUCUAUUACAUUUAUUGAGGAGCUUUUUUUUGUGAUGAGCACCCCACGAAUACUAUCAAUUCAAAGUCAUGUUGUUUGCGGUUAUGUUGGAAAUAAAUCAUCAGUGUUCCCUCUUCACUUACAUGGUUUCCAGGUGGACGCGAUUAACUCAGUGCAGCUGAGUAACCACACAGGAUACAGGAAGGGUAUCAAGGGUCAGAUCUUAAAGGCACAGGAUAUAACUGAUCUAUACACUGGACUUAAAGAAAACAACUUGAACUUUUACGAUUAUGUAACUACAGGAUACGUUGGGGACCCUUCUUUCUUGGAAACACUUGCCAGGACGGUGACAGACCUGCGAGAGAAGAACCCAAACAUAAAGUAUGUGUGUGAUCCUGUAAUGGGGGAUGAAGGACACUUCUACGUGCCCGAGGCGCUACUGUCCGUGUAUCAGAAGAGUAUUGUACCAAUAGCGGACGUUCUGCUCCCCAACCAGUUUGAGGCAGAGAAACUCUCAGGAAUGUCAAUCACGUGCGAGGCUGAUGGGUGGAAGGUUUGUGAUAAGUUACACUCACAAGGCAAAGCAGAGACAGUUGUUAUAACUAGUGGAGAAAUUGGAGACAACCCUGACGAAAUUGUGAGCCUUGGUAGUUUCAACCGAGGGGAAACGAAAGUGAAAGUUUGCAUUCCACGAAUUCCAAGUUCCUUUACCGGAUCAGGUGACGUAUUCGCAGCUUCCUUCCUGAUCUGGUCACACAAACACCCCGACAACCCCGUUAAAAUAAUGACAAACACAGUCAACACUACCUACGCAGUCCUUAACAGAACGUACGAGAGCUUCAAACACUUGGACACCCCAGGGAGUUAUGAUAAGGAGUUAAAGUUGAUACAGAGUAAAGCCGAUCUGGAGGACCCGCCGGAGUUUGUGCAGGCUAUUUUAGUGAAGGAAUCUUCUUAAAAUAGGGAAGUAUCUGAUGCGGAAACGGAUGUCAAGACUUUAAACUGAGAUUGAUUUUUUGGGAUACGAAUAAUAGUCGGGUAGGAUUUGAUUAUGUUUGAACGAUUUAUAAUUAGGUAGAAAUGGUCAGAUGAAUAACUUGAUGUAAAAUGAGAGUUAAAUUAUAUAUCAGUAUUCUUCUGCGCCCGCCAGUGACCCAUGUAUAUAAUAAAUUUGAUUUAACCUAAACUUUUUUCAUUUUCGUGACCCUAUCGCGCUGUAUUAAAUGGUUUUAUUAAUAAUAAUAAUAUAAGCUUAAAUUUGAAUAUUGAAUGUUCACUUAUAUUCUUGAUUGACUUUGAUUGAGAGUUAAACUUAUAAUUAGAACUUAAUUUUUAUUACUUUACAUGGGCCCAUCAUAAUUAUCAUACACCUUUUAUAAGUUUACAUGUUUUUUAUGUUUUGGUUUUGAGGUUCUUUAAUUUAUUGAGAUGGCAUGAAAUUAAUCAAUUUAAUGAUCAGGUUUAAUUGACAGUUCUUUUUUAUAGUAUCAUGUUUAUUUAGUUCCAUGGACUGCUAGAUGAUUGCCAAUAUCUUUUCUUUGUAACGUUAAAUGAAAAUAACUAAAUGUGGCAAUCUUAACUUAAGGUGGUUGGAAUAUUGUAAGAGUGUUGUAAUAUUCUAUAUAUUGUGAGAUUUUAAAGAUUUUCACUGUAACUUAUAA